AUGUCGGCCCCGAACAUCCAGAAUCUGCUGAAUUCUCUCCGAGACGGCCGCGGCGGUCGCCCCGGACGAGGUAGAGGCCGCGGCGCCCAGGGUCCAUCCGCCAUCACCCACGAAGCCGCCAUCCAGGGCACCGAUACCGAUGCCGCCGUCUCCAGGCUGAGCGCCGUCGACAUGAACUAUCUCGACGACCCGUACGCUCCGUACUUUGUCCAAAGUGUCGACGGCCCCGCGCCACGGCGGUUGCCCAUUAUCAACCGAGGGACUUACACGCGCACCACCGCCCUUGACACCCUCGUCGACUCGUUUCUCGCCGACGAGGAGGGUGCGGAACCGGGAACCGCGCCGAAGCAAAUCGUGUCGUUAGGCGCCGGCACUGAUACGCGGCCGUUUCGCUUGUUCACCCAGCCAGGAAGAACGGGGCUGGUUUAUCAUGAGAUCGAUUUCGACACCACCUGCGCCAAGAAGCUGCGCACCGUCCAGGCCACCCCCAUCCUAAGGAACAUCCUGACCAACAUCUCAGCGGAGGAGAAUAGCUCAUCAUGGUCCAGUAGACCUGCACUGGGAGGUGGAUACUACUGCCACGGCGCCGACCUCCGCUCCCUCUCAAAUUCAAGCCCCAAUCCCGACCCCAUCCCUGACUCUAACUCCGGCCCCAACCCGAACGCCGAGGCCGAGUCUCAAGAGGUCACCUUGCCUGGCCUCCGCACCGACAUCCCCACGCUGCUCCUGUCAGAGUGUUGCCUCUGCUAUCUUUCCCCAUCCGAGGCGGCUGGCGUGCUGAGGUACUUCACCUCGCGAAUCCCCAGCCUGGCUACCGUGAUAUACGAGCCCAUCAAGCCUGAUGACGCAUUCGGCCGGAUGAUGGUAUCUAACCUGGCGGCACGGCGCAUCCGCAUGCCGACGGUAGCAGUGUACCGCGAGCCGGCCGACCAGGAGGCCCGGUUGCGACAAGCGGGGUUUGAAACGGUGCGGCACAUGACCAUCGACGACCUCUGGGAAACAUGGGUUGCACCAGAAGAGAAGCAGAGGGUAGACUCGCUCGAGGGAUUGGACGAGGUGGAGGAAUGGAAGCUGCUGGCAGGCCAUUACAUUGUGGUUUGGGGGUCUACAGGUAGUGGAUUUGGGCGGUGGGAGAGUGCAGGCGGUGGAGCGUAG